UAGCAAUGUGGACUUGAUAGCUGUUGUAAUCCUCAAACUUGUGUGCUGAAACCAAAUACACAAUGUGAUAGAGGAUCAUGCUGCAACAACUGUCAACUCUUCCAACAUAUAUGUGACAGAUACGUCACAUGAGAACCCCUCUAUUGAACAAUCUGCCACUGUUCUGUGUUCUUCACUAUCCUUUGACUGAUGCGGUUUUAUGUUAUUUUUCUCCUAGAAUCUUAUCGUGUUUAUGCAAGCAGGUGCUGUAUGUAGGCCCGUUGCGCAUCCUGAAUGUGAUGUUUCUGAGGUUUGUAAUGGAAGCUCAGGAAGCUGUCCGGAUGAUAUAACUAUACACAAUGGACACAAAUGUAAAGGAGGAAAAGCUUUUUGUUUUGAUGGAGGCUGCCAAGAUCUUGAUGCACGUUGUGAGAGCAUAUAUGGAAAAGGUUCAAAAAAUGCUCCAUUUGCCUGCUAUGAAGAAAUACACUCUCAAACUGAUAGGUUUGGGAACUGUGGUAGAGAACGAAGCAGAUAUAAAUUUUGUGAAUGGAGGAAUCUUAUAUGUGGCAGAUUAAUUUGCACCUACCCCUUUCAAACUCCUUUCCUUCGAGAUGGUGCUUCUGUGAUUUAUGCUUUUGUACGAAAUACUGUAUGUAUAACUAUGCACUACACAACGACAGGUAGAGAAGAUCCAAUGAUGGUCAAAAAUGGCUCUAUUUGUGAUACUGGGAGGAUUUGUGUAAAUCGUGAAUGUGUAGAUUCAAGGACACUUGCAGACAGAUCAUAUAAUUGUUCACUAAAGUGCAAUGGACAUGGAGUGUGCACUUCCAAGACGACGUGCAACUGUUCUAGUGGCUACAGCCCUCCAGAUUGCCGAGAGCGCUCCAGAGUAUCUUCCAGAUUGCCUGGGGGACAGGGCAAGUAUCUAUCUCUUCUUGUAUCCAGUUAAUAAAAUUCUCAAAUUGCUUACUUUCACAAAAACAAAGUUCUAUUUUUGCCACUUUGAAAGAAACCAGUAUUUGUAAUUAAAAGGUAAAUAGGCUUCCUCAAGAAAUAGACACCAAAUAUGCUUUCUUAAUCUUGCUUUUUGUCCUAAUAUUAAUUUUGAAUAUGAUUGAAGCUGAGGGUAUCUUUUAAAAUUUUUAUUUACUUAUGUCUGACUUUCUUCUUUAAACUAUCUUUCAACCCUUUCCCCCUUUUAUGCCUGAUCCUGUGGUUUCAGCUCUAUACAAACAACACACGCUGUGUCCAGCACUGUUAAUAUGUGUCUGUUAUAGAAGAAAUAAAGGAAAUAGAAGAUAAGUUUUUAGUCUGGCGUUUAUAGUUUAAAUGAUAAAAAUCUAUUAAUUGCUGCUAAAGAGAUGACAGAACUGGCUAAAACAAUAUUCUGUUUAUUCACCGUGACUUUAGUUUUUGUCAUUCAUUCAUUCAUUUAGCAAAUAUUUAUUGAAUUCCUAAUACAUACCAGGUGCUCAUCAUAUGGCACUAGGCAUGUACAGUAAGCAAAACAAAGUCCCACUCCUCAUGGAAUUUAAAGAAU